AUGGGAUCCUUAGAUAUCCCGCUUGAGGAAGUCCCCGUUUAUAUCGGAGACCGGCUACUGAUCUUCACUGCUCUCUUCGUUCCUCUUCAAAUAUUCUGUGUUGCUCUGCGUUUUAUUUCUAGACACAAGGUUCGCACACCAUGGGGCUUGGAUGAUGCUGUGAUCUUGUUUGCGCUUGCGGAGCAGAUGGAGGUGCUGAUUUUUGCUCUAGGUGCUGUUAAGUUCGCUGGCGUCGGACAUCAUAUCCCGUGGUUACUGGUCAAGGAUCCAGCUAGUCUGAGGACCUGGGCGAAAUAUCUCCUUGCUUUGUCCUUUCUCUACUUAGGAAGUGUCAAUCUUCCAAAGUUCUCCAUCCUGUUGCUGUACCAUAAGCUCUUCCCAACCAGGAAGAUGAGAGCAAUCACAAAGUUCAUGAUGGUGGUCCUGGUUCUCAUCACGAUAGCUACGAUCGUUGGCGCGAGCCUCGUCUGUCGACCGUUCUCCGCUAACUGGACUGGUCGUAUCCCUGGCAACUGUGGCAACAAGAAGGUUCUUUACAUCUGGGCCAGCUUUCCCAACAUUGUGACCGACGUCAUCCUACUUCUUCUUCCAAUGCCAGUGUUGUGGUCACUUAAUGUCAGUCCACGCUUAAAAGUGGGGCUGACAAUCACAUUCGCAGUAGGCAGCAUAGGAUUAGUCACUUCAGUUAUGCGCUUCCAGAUCUUUUUCCGAAACAAUGCCUUUCUCGACGGGACCUGGGUAGCUGUUGAGCUGAUAAUCUGGACCCAAGUCGAGACCGGGGUGUACCUGAUAUCAGCCUGUCUGCCCACGUAUAGACCACUCCUUGAAGAUGUCGGAUCCAGCAGGAUAGUUUCCAAACUCGGUCGCUCGAUGUCACGACGAGGGACGGGGACCAGCGAGACGCGGGACACCCUGCCAUUGCACUCGGUGACUGCUGUGGGCCAGCCGUACUAUCGCGGCAACGAGAUAUAUGCUGGCUACAAUCCACAUCAUAAGUUUGAAGUGACCGUUAGCCACGACAUCGUCCAGCAUACUGAGCCCCAAAGGCUCUACAGUCGUCUUUGA